GGCUACUGCGUUUGGAAAGUUCGAAUAUUUUAUUGUCAAAUAAUUGUUGAAAUUGUGUAAAGUCUAAAUGUUAAUUUAUUAAAUAUUGAAUAAAUUUAGCUAAGGUUUUGUGAUAAGUACUUUGCAUAAUAUCUAUAAAAUGCGUUAGUAAACUGGCAUUUAAGUGUAUACUGUCCAAAAAUGAGUAAUAAUCUAGAAAAUGAUCGUUCAAUCACAACUGGUAAAAUGUAUCCAAUCGACUUAGCUCCACCAAAAAUUACGAUAGUAAAGAGCAUUUCUAAUGCGGAUGUUAAAAUGGCUCAUCUCAUACCAGGCCAAUCAAAGACAUCUGGUUCAAAUCAAAUUAUUACACAUACAAACGCUGGAUCCGUGGGUCUUAUGCGUACAGCUACUGCAGCUCAAAUUAUAUCCUCAGGCGUAGCUUCACAGGGAACUCAGAUUGUAUCACAAGGUAGUCAGUUAAUAGGACAAAACGCGCAAAUUUUGACACAAUCCCAACUUAUAUCAAGCAGUCAAUUACUAAGUCCUGGUACUCAAAUAAUAAGUCAAGGAACACAACUAUCUGCACAAGUUUCCAAUACCAAUAAUCAUGGUAGUAAUACUCAAGCGAGUGUCACAUCAACAGUCAGUGGAAGCCAAGUAUUAAAUGUGGGGGGCCAACUUGUCAGUGGUGCAGGAAAUUUAGUUGUCAGUUCAUCAGUGAGGACUCUUCCGCCCAGUGUGAGAGUUUUACCACCUAUUCCACAUCAUAACACAAGACCAGUUCUCACAAGUGUAAACGUAAGCAGUGCUAGUGGAGUGUUGGUCAGCAAAGGAGUAACCAGUCAUGUACCAAGAGGUCUAGCAGCUGGUGCCUCAUUGGCUGUUCGCCCUGUGGCUGCAUCAACACAGGCUAAUGUCAGUCAAGGUAAUAGUGCCUGGUCAGGAAGCAAUCGUGGUCGCGGUGCCUUAGUGUACGGUUCGAGAGGCAUGGGCCGCGGGGCUCCGCCGCGGCAACCGUCACCGGCGCCUUCGCCUUCCCACACUACAGCCACACAAAUCUCACAGCCACCUCACUCGGCUAUCGUCACUUUACCAAACUCUACUGUUCUCACUUCCAGUGGAGUAAUAUCAAGUACAGUGCGUGGCGGUGUGGUUGGUGUGGCAAGUGGCCCGUCAGCCAGACCCAAAACACCAACACCGCCCCCUGCAACAGCCAGACCGUUACCGCUUCUACAGAGAAACUAUCAGCCUGCUAAGCAGGUGGUAGGCGUGGCGGGCGUGGGCGUCCGCGGCGUGGGCAACAGCGCGCCGCCGCAGCUGUACUACGAGGUGCCGCGCGCGGCGCACCCGCACGCGCACCCGCCGAGACCGCUCACGCCGUUCGCGCAUGCGCACACCACGCAAGCCAAUGCAGUGAAUACCGUCCAGACGUCGCCCGAAGUGCGACAAACUACAGCAACUAUCUCCAGCACACCAGUUCUGCCCAGGCCCUCAAUACUUAGAAAACGGGAAGUUGAUGGAUCACCCUCAAAGAACCAAUCAAGCAGUAUUUCAACAAUAGCAACGGUGGGCAACAUAGGCAACGUGAGUCUCAGUUCCGGCAACAUAGCUAGCCUGAGCAACAGCAGUUCGAACACGUUGAGCGGCAUAGCGACACUGAGCAGUAUUAGCAACAUCGGCGGCGUCGUCCACGUGGGCAGCGUGAACAACAUUAGCGGCGUGAACUUGAACACAGUGAGCAUAACGAACGCGAUCGGCCGCGCCAACGUGAUCGGCGGCCUCGACACAAACAUGGGCGUGGUGACCGUGAACAAUGUGAACAGCGUGAACAACGUGAACAGUGUGAACAGUGCGCGGAACAGUGUGUACGUGGGGAGCACGGGGUGGGAGGACGUGACGUCGACCGGCGCGGGGCCGGGUAGCGGGUCUACCACCAUGUCGGCGGCGUCGUCGCCCGCCCCGGACCUGGAGCCCGAGCCGCCAAGACACGCAGACGUGUCGCCCAGGAAGAAGCCAAGGAAACAGAUGCUAAGCAGUGAAGUGAGACAGUGCGAGUUUCCUCCUGAAGAAAAACCACCAACACCACCUCCAGCUCCUCCUGUUAACCCAGUUCCUAAACGCCCGUCGCUCAGCUCGACGUACGUGUGCGGGUGGCGCAGCACGGCGCUGCACUUCACGCGGCCGGCGGACGUGCGGCGGCGCGAGGCGCGCGCAAGGGACAUCGUCGCCAUAGCGACGCAGAAACACGUGCUCGUCUCCGCGGAGGGCUGGAAGGUGCACCACCUCACUGCGCAGAUGGACGACCUGGUGUCUCUAGAAGCCGAUGUAGGGGACCAGUUGGAGAAUGUUCUUCGUGCUCUGGAGACAGCGUCGGGCCGGGCUCACAACGCUCUAAAACCGCUCUCACAUUCCCUGCUUGAACUUAUUAAGGGGAACAUACAAAGAAGUAAAAUAGUAUGUGAAGGAAUCCAGGAAGCAAGAGAAGAUAUUCUCCGUGUUUUCAAGCACAGGAAUUUCGUAUCCGACAUUCUGACGCGGCAAGCUGACAAGAGAUGUUUUAGAAAACACCGCUCACAAUCAUAGCAUACAACCCCCGCCAGUAAAAAUAAGUGCAGCAAGAGAGUUAAAAAAAUGUGUUUGCAAUAAAUAAACUAUUACUUAAAGAGUUUUAGAAUGAUCUGAUAUAUCGGACUUGUAAAUAAUGUAAAAAUGUUACAUGAUAUGAAAUGACUAAUUUGCUAAAGUUUAUUCUAUGAUUUGAGUGCUUUGAGUUGUUUUGUGGUGUCCUAAUUUUAUUUUUAAGAAUAAAAUUGUCUUAAUUAUCA